AUGGAAGCCGACCCAUCUUCAUCUGACUCAGCGAGCUCCCUCGAAGAGGACCAUUGGGUUUGGAUCUUUGGGUGGAGUAGAGUUGGGAGUGGGAUUGAGAGAGAGAAAGAAGUUGGGGCAUUGGAUGUUCUUUGUGUUUUGCGGUUUUGCGUUUACGGGUGGUUUGGAUCAGCUAUUGACAAAGUUGGGUCUGAUCAGGGGGCGAGUGGAAAUAAGACACAGUUCGUCACUUCACUUUUCCUCGAGAAUGGUACUGAAUAUUAA